UGCAAAGAUUUCAAGGGAGUAUUGACCCAACAAAAAUAAGAACUUUUUUCCAUAUAAACGUAAGUCCUUACUUGCUUCGUUUUCUAGAUACAGAGUGAAAAGUUUUUUAAUAAAAUCGGUUUUUUGUCCAUUAUUCAAAAUCCUUUCAGCCGAUUUAAAUAAAACUUGGCAGGUUUAUUUGUCGUCAUAAAGGCCCUCCUCUGGUGGGAAUAAAAUAAAUUUAUUAAUUCCAGUGGCGUUUCGGGGGGCUACGUACUUGAUGCUUCUAAGUAAAAUUAUAGUACGCCACCGCUUUUUUGACAAUUUAAUUUUUUUUUUAGAUUAAGCGGUCAAUAAUGUAACUUUCUUGCCUCUUGAGCCUUACUCGUAUCUAGCUCUAUUUCUAGGAAAAAAAUCUAUUAUUAAAACAAAUAAUAAAUUCGCAUCGAUUAUUGAGAUUCAUUUAAUUUCUUUUCAAAAUUUAACUUAGCCUAAGUAACAGAUACAUACAAAAGCAGAUUUUUAUAACAAUUUAAGGAAAAUUUUACACCCUAUAUCUAGAGAACGAAACAAGUUAGAACAUACGUUUUUACGAAAAAAACUUCUUAUUUUUGGCUGGUAAAUACGCCCUUAAAAUCUUCGCACUCAAUUUUGAAUCACCUUGCAUUUUAUAUAAGUAUGUUUUUGGAUAGUGAUACCCAAUAUGGACUUAAUUAAAUCCAGGACGUAACCUUUUCUUACUUUACACCGAAUUUGGACAAAACCCUAAAUUUGCCACCUUAUUUGUGCUUACAUUUUAUAACUAUUUAUAUUGGAAUUAAUAAACGUUAUUAUUUGAGCUGUAGGAUCUCUAUACCAGUACAUUUGCCUUGAUUAAACCAGCUUCCUUAACAAGCCACGUAUAUAAUAUCAAUAUAUUAAUUACUUCCAUUUAUUAAAAGACUAGAGAGAGAGAAGAAGAACAUCCGGCAGAUUAUUUAGCGCCUAUGGUAUAUAAUAUUCCGCUGGUUUUACAUUUAAUGGGCAUAAUGGCCCCGCUAAUUUCAAAGCCGGUCCUGAAUGAGACACAGGAUGUACGGAAAAAACGACUUGAAUUCAUUUUCAUACAUUAUCUCUCUUGUUUUGUCGCUUUUUUAUUAAUAUUAUUAUUGAAGGAAACCAGGGAACUUGUUGGGUCAAUCUUUUUUUAUUAUCCCUGGACGCUCACACAAAUGUUUGAUCAAUAAAACGAGUUCUUGCCACACCAUGCAAUAUCCUAAAACCUUAAUAAGAAACCCGAACGAUGUAACAAUUAGUUGGGAGAAUAUUUAUGGAGAAAAUCAUAAUGAUUUCAAAUUGCAGAUACGCGAUGAGUUCAAACAAUGGAAAACGGUCUACCGAGGCCCAAAGACCUUAACAAAAGUAGACGGUCUUGCCCCAUGCACUUGCUACCAGUUCAGACUAAAAACUGAUGAGAACAGUGAAGAAUGGUUGGAAUUUAAGGCGGCAACCGAAGAUAUUGGCCCUUACACAUCGGUCAUACAUAUGACCAGGGCAGUUAGGCUUGGAAAAACCUCGGUUAUUAGGAAAAUCGCACAAAUGAGGCCUGUCCUCUUAAAUGCAGAGAACAAAGAGAAUAAAACGCCGAUUUUCCAAGCAAUCGAGACGGGUGAUCUUCAAAUAAUUCAGCUGCUGAUAACAUUGGGUGCGAACGUAAAUAAACCGCAGAGACAUACCAAAAGAACCGCUUUGAUGUUUGCAAUAUACAGGGGGGAAUUACAAGCUGCCACUCUUCUUAUGGAUAAAGGAGCUUCUAUUUAUUGUCAAGAUAUUAAUGGGUUAACAAUUCUACACUAUGCGGUCGACUCAAACGAACUAAAUAAUGUAAAGUUUGCAAUUGAUUGUAAAGUUGACAUUAAUAUGCAAGAUAAUAGUGGUUGGAGUCCGUUACUGAGAGCAGGUAUUUUACAAGUAAAACCCGAGAUAACUGAGCUUCUGUUGUCCAGUGGAGCCGAUACAAAUAUUAAGGAUUCUAAUGGUUUUAAUUAUCAAAAACAUUUGGAAAUAGCAGGAAGGGUUUUUCAUAGGUCUUUGAAAAAAAUGUGAAUUAUUAAAAAAAAAUAUAUAUUAAUUAAAGAACUUUUAUGCUUCA